AUGCACGGCCUGGCCACCGCCGGCGGGUGGGCGCACGCGGCGGCAGCGCUGGAGCGGCCCCCGCUCCGCUUCGCCGUGGGCGACCGCGUCGAGUGCAACUGUGGGACAUGGGUCCUCGGAGUGGUGGUGAAGCAGUGGUACAGGGAGCCCACCUGGUCGGAGGAGAAGGUCACGCCGUACCAGAUCAAGCUGGACAACGGCACGACCAUAUACGCGCCAUUCGAUGAAGACGCCUGCAUCCGAGCGCCCCGGGGCAUGCACGCAUAUGGCAAAAUUCCAGUGACGGUGUUCACUGGUUUCCUCGGUGCAGGCAAGACGACUCUGCUUAACCACAUACUCAACAACCAGGAGGGGAAAAGGUACGCCGUGAUCGAGAACGAGUUCGGGGAAGUUCCAAUCGAUGAGAUGUUGCUGGAUUCAGAGGUGGGUAAGAGGAAAACCAUGGAGUCUGUGACCGUCCUCGACAACGGGUGCCUCUGCUGCACGCUGCGCGACGACCUCGCGGCCGCCAUGAGGGAGAUAGUGAGCACUGUCGAGGACAGGAUCACGAGGGGCGACCCGAACGGGAUGAUCGAUGGCAUCUUGAUAGAGACCACAGGCAUGGCAGACCCGGGGCCCAUUUGCAAGACAUUCGGAGCCGACCCAGUCGUCCAGAAGUAUUGCAAGAUCGACGGCGUCCUCACCAUGGUCGACGCGAGGCACUUCUUGGAGCAGCUCGAUAGGGAGCGCUCCCCUGGCGCGGUGAACGAGUCUGCGCAGCAGAUCGCGUUCGCCGACAAGAUACUCCUCAACAAGGUGGACGCGGUGGACGACGCCCUGCUCGAGGAGACCACAGCUGCCAUCCGCAGCAUCAACACCCUGGCGCCCAUCCGAAGGUGCAGUCUGGCGCAGAGGCCGGACGAGGUCCCCAUCGAGGAGUUGCUUGCCAUCGACGCUUUUGACGCAACCAAACUGCUAGAGGACGGCAGAGACUUUGACGAGGUCCUCGACCCGGAUGGCGGAGCGCACGGCCACUCCCACGGGCACACCGAAGACUGUUCGGACCCCGCGUGCACGGACAGCGCGCACGGCCACAGCCAUGGGGACGGCCACGAGAGCUCGCACAGCGCUCACGGCCACGAGAGCUCGCACAGCGCUCACGGCCACGAGAGCUCGCACAGCGCAGACUGCACGGACUUGGAGUGCACCGACUCAUCCCACGAGCACGGGCACAGCCACAGCCACGGAGCUUCCCGCCACGACACAGACAUCGGCACAAUGGUGCUCGAGAUGGAAGGAGCCGCGUUGGAUGUUGACAGAUUCAACGCGUUUGUGAGGGACCUCCUUGACCACAAGUCCGCCGAUCUGUACCGGUACAAAGGCGUGCUGGCGGUGAAACAGAAGGGGUACACGGUGCGAUACGUGCUCCAAGGGGUCCACGAUAUGAUGGAAGUGUCAUUUUCGGGCCCGUGGCCUCCAGAUAGGCCAGUGAAGACGCAGGUGGUUCUCAUCGGCAGAAAGCUCGACAGAGAAAAGAUCAGGGAGCAGUUCUCGAAGUGUUCCGUCAACAUGGGAGUAGUCGUUUGA